AUGGACUCAGGUCACUAUUCUUCCGCUGCACGUCAUGCCGCUGCCGCCGCCGCCGCCGCCGCCGGGCCUGGUGGUGCCGUCUACUCGGCCCAUCCCAUUGACCACCACGCUCACGCCGCUUACCAUCACACUCACUCGCACUUACAGACACCCGCACACUCACCCCACGGUCAGCCACAGUAUUACCCGAUGAAUCCCUUGAGCCCCUCCGCACAAGGCCCCUCCAUGACGAGCCCGCGCGUCCUGCCCAACUCGGACUUCAUACCCGCUGGUCAAUCUCCUGGCUCGGCCACCUCGUCCGUGCCGCACGGCAGGCCUGCUCCGCCCGCCGGUCCUGUUUCCCCCGCUGCUUCGGUCUCGGGAGCUCCCAGUCCCUCCACCAAGCCCAUCAGAAGGCGCAUGCGCAUGAUCACAUCGUGCCUCGAGUGCCGCCGACGCAAGCUCAAGUGCAACAAGUCUCAACCAUGCGUCAACUGCAUGAAGUUCUCCCGCGACUGCGUCUACCUUAGCCCCAAGCUUGAUGAGGCAAGCCAAUUGCGCCUGACCGAGAUUAAGGAAAAGGUCGGCUCCCUCGAGCGCCAGUUGGAGCGCGAUGUCGCCAAAACCACGUCCCGUGCCGCCAUGCAGCAAGCUAUCCUCGCUGAUGAUGUUGAGGAUGACUUCGCCGAGGAGCGGGAUCUCGAGCCUACCGACAUGACGGCUCUGGAUGUGACAUACGAGGAGGACGCGGACGGAACCGACGAUCUCAUUGACCUGGGAGUCCAAGUUGGUCGUAUGCGAAUCACAGAACGGAUCGGCGGCCUGUCCAGGCCAAGGAUAGCCGAAGAGAUCUCGGCAGGUAUAUCUGGUCAGGGUGGUCCUGGCGGACCAUCUUCUGGUGGCGCCAUGGGCGGAAUGAUGGGUAUGAUGGGCGGUAGGGGCAUGGGCGGGGCCGGACGAGGCGGCCCGCCCCGUGGUGGGCCGCCACCUGGGUAUCCCGGUUACACCGGCCCACCACCCGGCAUGGAUUCCAUGUCCGUCAUCAGCGGAAGCUCCAACGACUCAAUCCCCGACUUUCUCAGACCAGGCGAAUCUUACAUCCCCCCCUCGAGCGGCUUUUUCUUCGGCCACACAUCCGAAGCCUUGUCGCUAGACAGGAGGCUACCCCAAAAGGAAGCGGCAGACCGUCUUACCCAGCAGUACUUCCAAGCGGUUCAUCCCGUCGCGCGGUGUGUUCAUCGGCCAUCAUUUGAAAACGAGUACCGGAAUUUCUGGGAUGAGGUAUACAAUAACAUUGAGCCUCGUGCCUCUACGCAGGCCAUCAUGUUUGCGGCCUGGUUCAGUGCUGCCGUCAGCAUGGACGAUGCAACGGUCAGAGAAUUAUUCGGCGUCACCAAGGCCAAUCUGAUUGAGCGGAUGAAGACCGAUACCGAAAGGGCGCUGGGCAAGGCCAAUUUUCUCCGUACGACGAGAGUCGAGACAAUGCAGGCUUUCAUCAUGUACAUGGUGAGAUUUGUGUCUCCCUUAAUGAUUCUGUCCAUUGCUGACUUUUUGACCAAGCUUCCCCUCUGCAGAGCUGAGGUUUCCCGAGCCCACUCCGUACUGGUAGGCGCUGCCGUGAGAAUGGCCGAGUGUAUGGGACUGCACAGAGAUGGAGAAACCUACGGACUAAACCCCUUGGACACCCACGUUCGGAGGCUCAUCUGGCAUCAAUUGUGCUUCCUUGACAUCCGCACCUGUGAAGCACAAGGUCCGAGACCGGCCAUCAGGAGAGAAGAUUACGACACGAAGCUUCCGCUCAAUUGCGAAGAGAACGAUCUUUACGCCGCCGGCCCGUCCCCUGAGCCAGCCGAGCAUUUUACAUCGACGUUGCCAUCUCUCAUUCGGUUUGAGUGCAACGAGAUGAUGAGAAUAAUCUGGCUGGACCGCCGCAGGCUCGAAAGUCGACGAACCACACUGACUGCUGUUCUCACAAAGAUUGAAAACUUCAGGCGACGCAUGGUUGAAAAGUACGACCACUUCCUCGAUGGUACGAUACCGAUCCAGCGAUACGCCAAGCUUGUGAUGAAUCUGCUUCUCUACCGGCUCCAUGCCAUGAUCCUUCAUCCCUACUAUGCGAACGCUGGUAGCCCCAUGACUCACAGACUGAACAACCUCUUGAUCACGUCAGGUAUAAUGAUCGUGGAGAUCUCCAUUCAGCUUGACACCGACCAAUUAUUCCACGAAUGGUCAUGGUACCUCGGUGCUUACCAGCAGUAUCAGAUUGCUCUGCUCCUGGCAACGGAAAUAUACUAUCGACCGCAGAACCAGGAAGCGCACCGUAUCUGGGCCUGCUUGGAUUACGUUUUCAAAACAGACCGAACUCUGCCACCCGAGAUCAAGGGACUGCAAAUACUGGGUGAAAUUAUGGGCAAGAUGCAGACGUACCAAGGCAUGCGCAAAAUGCGUGCGCCGACAGGCACGUCGCGGGCGGCGCCGAGCAGAAAUGCUGUCGGGGGCAAGAACGACAGCGCUGGCCUACAGCCGCCGCCUCAGCACUACAAUGCACAGGACGUGCAGAUGGGCUUCAAGACGGAGCCAGGCAUGAGCGGUGGCACUCAACAACAGCAGCAGCAGCAUUCCCCAAUGAGCGGCAUGGGAUCCCCCGGAAUGGCAUCGCCGAAUUCUCAGAUGGGCGGUCCGCCUCCGGGUAUCGUCUUCGCGGGCGUUUCCAACGGGGAGGCUAUAUGGAGCAUGCCGCCCGUGAAUGCCGACAGCCCGGAGAGUAUCAGCGACGGUGCCAGCAUCGGCGGACACAGGCCAUCGCAACCGGUGAACAUGAUGAACUCUCUCGAGGGUGUGGACUGGGACAUCAUCAACAACCUAUUCCCUCACGACCCCAACACUGGCGAACUCAACAUCUCUGGCUUCAACGACCCAUCUCUUGGGCUGAUGAACGGUUAUCACUGGGUGCAGAGAUGA